GGGCCUCAUCCCCUCAGCCAGCCACCCAACUCUCACCACCCAGGUGGGCCUGCUGCCCUCUGAGAUCCAGCCCUUGGGAACCCCUGGGGGGCAGGAGCUCAGUCUGUCCUGGCUUGUCUCAUCCCCCAGGUCACCAUGGACCGCAUGAAGAAGAUCAAGCGACAGCUUUCUAUGACACUCAGGGGAAGCCGGCCCGCGGACAAGAGCAGUGGCUCUGAGCAGCUCAGCAUUGAGGAGAACAACUGCAGUGAUAAUGGCCCUAGCCCCCGUGGGAGGAAGGGCGCCUUGCCCUCAUCCCAUAGCCUGCUACCCACGGUUCGCCUGCCCCCCCGAGCCUCCAGGAGCCUGCCCGCCCUGGGCCCAACCCCCCGGGGAGCCCGGCAGCCUCCUCCACCACCAGCCCGCCGGCCCCGGGCCAGUCGCAGUCUGAGCUCCCCACUGGAUCAUGGCACCAGACUAGAGAUUGUGCAUGAGGACUUGAAGAUCGGUUCAGAUGGGGAGAGUGACCAGGCCUCAGCCACAUCCUCUGAUGAAGUACAGUCACCUGUGAGAGUCCGAAUGCGAAACCAUCCAGCCCGCAAGAUCUCUACUGAGGACAUCAACAAGCGCCUUUCCCUCCCUGCGGACAUCCGGCUGCCCGAGGGCUACCUGGAGAAGCUGACCCUCAAUAGUCCACUCUUUGACAAGCCCUUGAGCAGGCGCCUCCGCCGGGUCUCCCUGUCUGAAAUCGGCUUUGGCAAGCUGGAGACAUAUGUGAAACUGGACAAGCUGGGGGAGGGGACCUAUGCCACUGUAUAUAAGGGGAAGAGCAAGUUAACGGAUAACCUGGUGGCCCUGAAGGAGAUCCGGCUGGAGCAUGAAGAGGGCGCCCCCUGCACCGCCAUUCGAGAAGUGUCACUGCUGAAGGACUUGAAACAUGCCAACAUUGUCACCCUGCACGACAUUAUUCACACAGACAAAUCCCUGACUCUAGUGUUUGAGUAUCUGGACAAGGACCUAAAGCAGUACCUGGAGGACUGUGGGAACAUCAUCAACAUGUACAAUGUCAAGCUCUUUCUGUUCCAGUUGCUCAGGGGCCUGGCCUACUGUCACCGGCAGAAGGUGCUACACCGAGACCUCAAACCCCAGAACUUGUUGAUCAAUGAGCGUGGGGAGCUCAAGCUGGCCGACUUUGGCCUGGCCAGGGCCAAGUCUAUCCCAACCAAAACCUACUCCAAUGAGGUGGUGACACUGUGGUACCGGCCUCCUGACAUCCUGCUGGGCUCCACAGACUACUCCACUCAGAUCGACAUGUGGGGUGUGGGCUGCAUUUUUUACGAGAUGGCCACAGGCAGGCCCCUCUUCCCGGGCUCCACGGUGGAGGAGCAGCUGCAUUUCAUCUUUCGGAUCCUGGGGACACCCACUGAAGAGACUUGGCCGGGAAUUUCUUCCAAUGAGGAGUUCAAGAACUAUGACUACCCCAAGUACCGGGCAGAGGCCCUACUGAGCCAUGCACCUCGGCUGGAUACGGAUGGGGCAGACCUCUUGGCUAAACUGCUGCAGUUCGAGGGUCGGAAUCGGAUCUCUGCAGAUGAUGCCAUGAGACACCCCUUCUUCCAGACUUUGGGGUCACGAAUCCAUAAACUCCCUGACACUACUUCCAUAUUUGCACUAAAGGAGAUCCAGUUACAGAAGGAGAUGGGCCUGCGCUCAGCCUCCCUCACAGACUCGGGUGGGUGUGGCCCCCACCCCCUCGGCCCUGCUAGUUCUGGGCCGGUUGGCUCUUCCCAAUAGCUCUCUGCUUCCCCCCACAGGCAGGCCAGCCUUCCGGGUGGUGGACACCGAGUUCUAGGUCCUAGGGGCAGCUGGCUUUGAGAAGGUGCUGGUGACUGGCUGGAGGCCCUCCCGGGCCGCUGGGAGGAGGAGGGCUGCUGUGGAGUCAAUCUUGCUCUCCCUACCCCCACCACCCUCCCCAGCUCAGCCUGCACCCGGCCUCCGCAGCCUCUGCCGUCGCCGCCGCUGCCGCCGCCACCGCUCCCCUCCACUCCACUCACCUGCCUGUUCCUGGCUCAGCUGCCUUCCUUCUGCCCGCCCCCAUUCUUCUCCCCACUGACUGACUUGUGGAAGGGUGCGAACAAAGCUCUUCCCUCCCUCCC